AUGCGUGUGAUACCACAAGGACAGAUUCGCCUUGGCAAUAAAGUGACUAUCGAAUGCAGGAGCAGCAGCAACACAUACAGAUUAACUGAUUGUGGGCUCUAUAAAACCAACCUAGAUUCUUCAUGGUCCUUGUCUGGGAUCCAAUAUGUCAUUGAAAGUGCUACAACACUGGAUGAAGCGAACUACACCUGUCAAUGCAAUGUCUACAGUGCAGACUCUCGCCAGUAUCGGACUACAGAAUUAAGUCUUCCUUUUAAUUUACUGCUGAACCGAAAUUUAGAAAAGCCACAGAUACUUGUGAGAUGCAUGGAAGGGAUAAACACUUGCAGUAAAAUGAUGAUCGAAUGCAGAAUCAGUCACUACACAUUGAAAGAGUGCUGGUUCCAUAAAGAUGGUGAAGGGCAAACACGUUAUUCAAACUCCAACAUUAACUCUGGGAUUCAGUAUGUCAUUCAGAGUGUUACAAGCGCGGAUGAAGGGCCCUACACCUGUGAGUGCAACAGUGUACAAGAUACAUCUACACAGACAAGUGACCCUGCUUAUUUAUUCAUAAAGCGAGUAUACAUGAAAACACGGCUUCAAAUCAUGACCUCUAGUUCUUUUCAAUGUGCAACUGUGAUGGGUGUUACUCAUCGACAUAAAGUCAGUGAAGAUGAAGCUGUCCUGUCUUUGGUUCCGCAGUCUGUAUAG